AUGGUUUUUUUCUCACAAUGUAUUUUUCCAAGUUAUGCUUGUGCCUUUCUGGAUGAUGACCUUGCCUAUGGGUGUUGUUCCACAAGUCCUCCGACAGGCUUCCUUUCCCCAUGUCGCCGCAGCCCUCGACUGCUUUCCAAUGGUUAUUACAUUCUGACCAAAGACAGUUUUCUGUCUGAUGAAGAGGGCAACGUAACACUGACACCAUCCCAGACAAGUGUUACUUAUAAAGAGAAUGUAGUUCGCGUAUUCAGGCGAAGGAAGAAAAUCCGUCGCUCUCUUGCCAGCUUGUUCGAUCUCGGUGCCCCCAGUUCAUGGCUCAGCGAUGUGGAUUUCUCCCAUGUAGAUGAUCCUUGGCCUGAUGGAUGCAGUGAACUAGGAGCCAGUCAGAGUGACAUUGGUGAUUCAGACUUUUCUUCUGAACGUAACAGCCGUAUGCCACAAACUCCAGCAUCUAAUAGAGCCUCUCUCACGAAUGACGAGUUUCUGCAGCCUGAGAAACCAUUUUGUGCUUUAAAUUCCUGCUCUCCAUUUAUGAUAAAUGCAAAUGAAGAGAUUUUGAGCAAUGCAGAAUCCAGGACAGUGCGAAAUGUCCUUUCUCAGAUGGUUGCACUGACCACGUGUUUAAUCAUUUCAAUAUUUACAAGGUAUUUUCUGGGAGGAUUGUCUGCCACUUUGUUGCUGAUAAUUUUGGUGUUUCUUUUGCCCCAGGAUGCUGCUGUGUCAUCUUUCUUCAGUCUUGAUGCAUCUUUCAAAACAACAAAGUUUUGCUCUUCAGCAUCAAACUACUGGAUAACUCCUUAUGGCUACAUGUUACUGUAGAAAAAAAUAUCAGAACUGUUUGUAUUCUUCCUUCAAAUUGCAAUUCAUUUUAGCUUUAUUUUUAUUCUGGUCAAACUGUGGGUGAGGCCAUACUUCCUGGUGACUAUCUGAAAGCAGUCAUGCAUGAUGAUGCCUGUACAUCUAGUCUCUUAUGUCAAUGAAGUCCUGCAAGCAUGGGGUCCUACAAGCAUUUUGAUGGGAAAUUAAUGGUAAAUAGUUUUUUUGCAAUUCCCAUUCAGUUUUUGGUAAACAGCUGAUGCCUUCCCAUACUUUAUAUCUUAAUUUCUUGUAACAACAUGCUGUCAAAGAUAAUGCAUUUGGGUAGUGGCUGACUACAUAGUGGCGGUAAUAUAUUUUAGAAGCUUUAUUGUAUCAUGUGUGUGCACUGCCUUUUGGCCUUUAUGCUGCACAUUAAGAAAAGAGAAGAAAAAGGAAGAAAGAAAUGCUAUUGGAACGAAAGCACUCUUCAGAAAACCAGAAAUCAGGAUGUGGAGAAGCAGAUGAAUCUGAAUUACCUGGAUUCAUGUACAAAAAUACAGGACCCGCAUUUAUUAACUUCACUGAGCCCUAUUUUUCAGCUGGGAUCUUUGCUACAACAGAGACUAAAUUACAUGUAGAACCUGUGGGUAACCAAAAACUGUUAUCUUGUGACUCCAAGCUUUUAAUAAUCUGCUUCUUAAAAUAUCUGCCUGUAUGCCAGUUUAGCUAGGACAGCAUGGAUUUCAUCUUCCCAUGCAGCAAAAUGAUGGUGAUGAGUGAGGAUGCUGUUGCCCACCAAGCCAUUCUAUAACUAGUGCUGCUUCUAGUCUAGCUGUCCCCUGUUGGGCUAAAAGCAAGGCUACACAGCCCCAGCUGGUAAAUCAGACAUGAAAGGCUGCCUGAGGAAGGGCUACUCCUGCCCGUGGGGUACAAUCAGGCUGGCAUGCAGAACGACAGGGAUCUGAAAACUGCAGCAAAAGCACAGAAAUGAAAGGGUCUGGUGGGAGAAAGAAUCGACAAGACUGAAACACCACUGUCUGUCCAACUCUAAGCCAAGCUUGAGCAGGUUACAGUGGUAUUUAUAGCAUCAAAAAUCCGAGCAAGUGCUGCAGUGAGGAAAAGGGUACUCAAAAUGAAGUUAAAAUGUACAUUCCUCCUUCAAAGUGUAAAUAUAUACUGGUUAUAUUUUGAAGAUAAGCAUCAAUAGCUCAGCAUUAAAAGAUCAAAGAGGGAAAUUUCACCCAAAUUACCAAUUUUGCAUAGUAACUUACUUUUGCCCAGUGCAUUAAAUUGACUUUAUAUGAAGACAGACCAUCUGAUGUAACAAGACCAGGUGUUAUAGUUUCAAUAAAUGGUGACAAUAGAAUGUUCUUCUUCAUAAACCCGAUGUAUUAUGUAACUAUAGUAGUAGUUAUAAUACUCAUCCUCAUAUUUACUUGUAGUUAAUGCACUUGAAUAACUUUGUCAGUAUUAAAUAAUUGUGCUUUUUUAUUUACUCUAACUAUGGAGCCAACUGGGUGUAAAUAUCAUUGUGUAGUAUGUAUAAAUAUUUCAUGUUACCUAUUUUAUUGCUAGUUAUAACAGGUCCUUUACUAACUGCACUUUUUAAACUAAAGGAUUAUAAAAAUUUUCAGUGUUUAAGUAAUCUCCUGGGAGAAUAAUCUGGAAAAUGAAAUCCUAUACUGAGAGAAAAGUCUAAGACUGCAAUUACCCUGCAGUCAUAAAAAAAAUGAGUUCACUGUAAACCAGUUAGUUCACUGUAAAGUGGAGAAAAAAGCUGACUCACCUUGCCAAAAAUUUUAUCUAAAAUGAAUUGCUAUUAUCUGUCUAUGAAUAAACGUAAUCUGUAAAUUAGAAUUGCUCUGAUCUGGAGAGGGGGAAGUUCUCGGACAAUUUGGGGAUUGGAGUUCAAGGGCUAAAAAUAAGAUGGUUGGGAUCUGUUAAGGUCUGCCCUCCAUGAUAUUCAUUAAUGCUGAAGUAACAAAGUUCUAUUCAGUUACUAGCCUGGCUGGCUUUGGCAGUUGCCUUCCAUGUAUUCCAAUGGACAUAAAAGCAACCCUUGUAUUGUUUCUCUGGAAAGAGGCACAAUAAUAUGUUCAGUCCUGUUGGAUGAAAAUUUGAAGCCAGGAUCUGUCUGAUGAACAACUGAAGACAACAUUUUCUAACCUUAAUUUUUAUAUCCAGACUUUCAGAGGUAAUUAGUAUUUGCAGCUUCUGUUAACUAGAGUAUAUCAAGCUUAGGAUAAUUGUGAACUGUAAUUCUAGCAAACUAAAACCACUUGUAAUAUAGGACCUUAUUUAGUAAAAGAGAAUCAAAGAAACAUUUCAAGAUUUGGUUUCAUAAGCCCUGUGCAUUCUCUCAUACCUUCCUUUACUACUAUUUUGCUGUCAUUACACCUUGUGUCAUUACACACCAUUUCUUGCUGUGUUCAGCUGAAUUUCAGGGCCAUUCUUGAGUAUAUAUUGCAUAGUGCUUAAUAGCAUGAAUGUUCGUGUUGAAGGGAACAGUAGCAAGCACGAUGAUGGUAUUUAUGGCAUCCCUUAGCUUGUAGUGCUCCUAGUCUGUGAGCAAGUCUGUUUUGCAUUUAUUCUGGAAGUAUUACUCAUCGAAGCCAAACCAUACAAAGAUUAACACUUCUGAGUUCAAUUGGUAUGGAAUAAACCACACUGGUACAGAAGACAGGUAUGGCAAUUUACUCCAGUUCUGCAGAAUCUGCUCUUUGAUGUAUUUUUUUUUUUUUUUGAAUUAGCUGCAGUGUUUCAUAAACCUCUUUGUACAUUUUAAUGUACACUGAGCAGAACUGUUACUUCAUUUUAUAUUAUUUCUUUUUUAUGGUUUCUCAUACUGUUUUGGUUUUUUUUUUUAUUUCUUGUCUCUGGCAUUUACAUAUCAGGAAAGUUGUUCCUGUUUGAAUUUCUUCCUGUAUUUGAGGGUGUUGUCAAUCAUGAAGGUCAUCAUUAGGAAUUGCAUAUAUUGCCAUGAAAUUGCUAUUUGUGAGCUUAUGUCCUGCCCUGUAGAUUGUGUGCUCUUUGGGAGAGGACUUACUGGUACUUUGGUGUGAAAAAUGAAAGCCUUAUUUUGUUACAGUUUCUAUGUAACUGUUAUCACAAUAGAAUAAUAAUAACAGUAAUACUACUACUACUACUAAUAAUAAU